GCUCCAGAGUUUCGAGCUCACAGGGCUCAUCGACACCAUCGCCCAAGGCAACUGCACGAUCAUCAUCAAUGCGCUCGCAGCAGGUGCCAAGGUCGUCCAGGCCAUGCGGCGCACCAGCCUAUGUUUAUCGACCAAAGUGGUCAACCUGCAGCUCAGAGCCGAUUCGCGCAUGCAUGCACAAGAAAUUGCCAGAGACGUAUCCAGUGAGUGGUCGAGGCGGGAUCACCUCCAGGCUUUUCGCAGGCUUAGAUCCAUCGGGGCUGGCUCCAAGAAGAAGGUUCGGCGUCGAGUUUUACCCAUCCUCAACGGCUUCGACGGAAAUCCGCUCGACUCGGAACGUGCCGUUGCUGACAUGUGGACACAGCAUUUCGCCCUUAUCGAAGCGGGUCCUGUCAUACCCUUCUCGGACCUGGCCUGGUACAGUUCAGGGAUCCAGGAGUUGCCCCAGGAGCUCCUCGAUCGCAUCGCGUUCGCCCCGGAGGAUCCUUACACCAUGGCCCAGGCGUUGCAAGCCUUGCGCUCAGCUAAGCCGUCAGCAGCAGGACCAGACGGCAUCACAGGCAACAUGGUCCGCAAGCUUGCUGGCGAGCUGGCUCCGUUGCUGCUGCCACUGUUCCUGAAGGCCCAGGUACGCAUCUCGGAGCCUAUCCAGUGGAAGGGAGUUGCUCAUGGCGGCGCGGACUUUGCAGCACUGGAAGUGCGCACCAUGCAGCAGAUCGGCCUCCAGACGGGUCAGUCCGCGUUGUUUAUCCCUACGGAUGCUGUGCAGGCUUUUUACAGAUCGGUCAGGGAGCUUGUCUUCGAGACGGGCGCAUCUGACGAGGCACUGGCCCACAUCCUCAGGUCUGCAGGGCUUCCACCAGAGGCCAUGGAUGAACUCGAGGCGUACGUCAAGACCCAUGGGCCCAUCAUGGAGGCUCCGCAGUUCCCCAAGAGGCUCCACGCGCAGGUGGCGGACUGCUACCAGUCCAACUGGUUCGUUGUCCAAGGGAGCUCUACCAUGGCUUUUCCUCAAGAGGGUACGGGACCUGAGCAGCAAUUGGGGGACCUGGUGCACAAUUUCGUCGUGGCCCUAGUGGCCAAAGAAGCCCAG